CUCUGAAUUCUGCCCAGGUCCCCAUCUUCUGCGCAUGAGCCCUUCUGCUGCUGCUGCUGGGGCUGCACUACACGGUACUUUGUACAUACUCCGUCCUGCGCAGUGCGUAUUGCGUACGGAUGCGCGCUGGGUCAGUGGUUGCUGUCGACCUGGAGGUUUCUGCCCUGCAGCGGUGCAGCCCUUCUGCUCAAUUUCGUGCCUUUCCCCUGCCAGUCAAGUCUGCUGGCCCCCCUGUCGGAAUUCUUCUCUUCCAUCUUCCCCCAGGUAAGGUACCCAAGGCCCAGGGAACGACGAUACCUUACGUCGUCCCAGGGCCAGGGCGCCAGCUAGCCCAGGUACGUACCCCACUGGGGGAGGAGACGUUCAUGUCCCAUUUUGAUGUCCCAUUCAAACCUCGAUUGCAAAGUGACGCCCAGCGUCUCCAUCUCGGCCCUGUGCGCUACCUUACCUUACCGUCUACCUCAUUCUGUGUGACUGUGACUUUUUUUCCUCUCUCCCAUUUCCCCCCUUCCGUGGCCGCGCCCCUCAAUUCCAGCCCAGCCGGGUCAGUCUCGCCAUCGGGCCAGCCUCGUGUCUCCGCUUUCUCAGAGGCCAAUUUCAGGAGAAGAAUGGAAAUCAGAGGGAAGCCAAUUCGGAGGAGGCCCUGGAGAGGUAGACACAACAAACACAUCCAGAGAGAGAUGGAUGCCACGGAAGAAAGUAGAGACACUGCAAAAGGCCUAAGUACUAGUUGGCAGUGGAGGUGACGGAUGGAUGAAGGUGACGGGACGGACGUGGUGGGGCUGACCUUUUGGCUUAGCGCCGUCUCCCAGUUCACGCCCUGUUGCGGCGUCGCCCUCCUAUUUCCCUCUAUUUUGGCUUUG